AUGUCUAACUUUGACGACGCUGGACUUUACUACCAGGAGCGUUUUUUUGCCAACGAUGGGGUUCCUGAUCAGGGACGUGAGAUCAUUGCGGAAUAUCGUCAAAUUUGCGAGCAGUUUCGUCGAUUCAUCAGAGAGUUUUCUAUUGGAGGAACCGGUGGACUUCAUUAUCGUGACGAACUCAAGAGGAAUUAUAACGCUAAGUACUACAUGCUCGAGGUGAACCUUACCCAUUUGAAACAGUUUGAUGAAGAUGCUGAAUCUAAAUUACGCACUCAUCCAGGAAAAUUUCUUCCAGCUUUUGAAGAAGCAGCACGUACUGUAGCUGAUGAACUUACUGCACCGAGAUCAGAAGAGGAAAAGGAAAUGAAAGAUAUACAGGUCUGUCUGACUUUCGAUGAAUAUCCUACAUCGAUACGAAGAGUAAAAAGUGCUCAAGUCUCUCAAAUUGUAAAAAUAUCUGGGAUCAUUGUAGCAGCUUCGCAGGUUCGUGCCAAAGCAACUAAAAUUACCUUGCAAUGUCGAACAUGUCGCCAUACUAUUAGUGAUCAAAUCCUAAAGCCAGGCUUAGAGGGUUUCCAACUUCCAAGGACAUGUGGAGCCUCACAAACUGGACAGCUUCAACGAUGCCCUAUCGAUCCCUACCAUAUUGUGCCUGAUAAAUGUCAAUGUGUGGAUUACCAAACUCUAAAACUGCAAGAGAACCCUGAAGAUGUUCCACAUGGUGAAAUGCCUCGUCAUUUACAGUUGUAUUGUGAUAGGUAUCUUACUGACAAAGUAGCUCCAGGAAACCGCGUCACACUUGUUGGAGUGUUCUCGAUCAAGAAAUUAUUUCAAAAGAGCAAGGGAGGCAGCGACAAGACGCUGACUGGCAUCAGAACACCGUACCUCCGAGUUCUUGGUAUCAACGUAGAAGUUGGUGGUCCUGGACGAGCUGAAUUUACGCAGUUUACUUCGGAGGAAGAGCGUAAUUUCAAAGAGUUGGCCCAGCGACCCGAUGUUUACGAGUUGAUCGCUAAGAGUAUUGCACCAUCUAUCUAUGGAUCGGUGGACAUAAAAAAGUCCAUUGCUUGUCUAUUGUUUGGUGGAUCCAGAAAAAGACUUCCUGACGGUCUUACACGACGAGGUGAUAUUAAUGUGCUGCUCCUUGGGGAUCCUGGUACAGCUAAAUCUCAGCUCUUGAAGUUUGUUGAACAGGUGGCUCCAAUCGGUGUGUAUACCUCUGGAAAAGGUUCGUCGGCAGCUGGCCUCACCGCAUCAGUGAUUAGGGACCCACAAUCGCGCACAUUCAUGAUGGAGGGUGGAGCGAUGGUGUUGGCGGAUGGUGGUGUCGUUUGUAUUGAUGAGUUUGACAAAAUGCGUGAAGACGAUCGUGUCGCUAUUCAUGAAGCAAUGGAGCAACAAACAAUCUCUAUUGCUAAGGCGGGUAUUACUACAACUCUGAACUCGCGAUGUUCCGUUCUGGCUGCCGCAAACUCGGUGUAUGGACGUUGGGAUGAUGCUCGGGGAGACGAAAAUAUCGACUUCAUGCCAACCAUCUUGUCCCGUUUCGAUAUGAUCUACAUAGUCAAAGAUACCCAUGACGUGAAAAGAGAUGAGACACUAGCAAAACAUGUCAUCGACGUUCACGUGAACGCAUCCAAGAAUAAGGAGAAAGCAGCGGUAGAAAAAGAAGUUAAUGUGGACGCGAAGACGGAAAUGUACGACGCUGAUGGACUGCUCACAUUAGGCAAGUUAAUUUUGACAUGUUCCCUGGAGUGUUUUCUGAAGAAAUACGUUUCAUAUGCGAGGGCCAACUGUGGUCCUCGACUGAAUGUUAAGGCCAGCGAGAAACUGGCAAGUAACUAUGUUCGAAUGCGUAACCCACCAAUGGACGCGGAUCACAACGCAGUGAGUAAGAAGGCGAAAUCCUCGAUUUCCAUUACGGUCCGUCAACUGGAAGCAGUAAUCAGAAUGAGCGAAAGCUUGGCAAAAAUGGAGCUGCAACCUUUUGCAGUUGAUAAGCACGUGGAUGAAGCUCUACGUCUGUUCCGCGUUUCCACCUUGGAAGCGGCAGCCACUGGAAAUCUUGCAGGCGUCGAAGGAUUCACGUCCGAUGUCGAUCAGGAUUCAAUGCAAAGAAUUGAAGCUCAAAUGAAAAAGCGUUUUUCCGUUGGGACCCAUGUUUCAGAACUUGUCAUAGUUCAAGAUUUUGUCACUCGCCAACACUACAAUGAGACUUUGGUCAAGAAGGUGAUACUGAACAUGGUCAGACGUGGCGACCUACAAUACAAGAUGCAGCGAAAGAUGCUCUAUCGCGUUCGCUAA